UUUUUUUUUUAUGGCACUGAUAAAUCCCUAGUACUUCUUCUCCCAGACCCUUACAAAGCAUCUGCUUCUGGGAUUGCCCAUACAGUCAUACAUGAAGUUGGAGAACAGUAGUGAGAAUUCAGCCCCUGGCAGCAGCACACCUUUGGUAAAGCAGAGGAGUGGAGGGACCUCCUGGUUCUGCCAGGUCUGGAGGCUGCCUUCACUGUUCAGCAAUGUGGCUGCAUGGGCAUUUAAAAAUGAAAGCUGAGGUAAUCAAUAAAAUGGGUAAAAACCCCUAGUUACCCUAGUUCUUAAUAAUUAACUGGAAGUCCUUCCAUGAACUUAGUACCUGAGUGUGGAAUUUGGAAUCUGACCUUUACUACAUCUAGAUAAACAGAGUGACUGGCGCGGCAGCUCCCUCUGCAAGCGCUGCUCCAUUGUCAGCAGUUCGCUUCUUGGAGGCUCUCUUUCUUCUUGGAGGCUUUUGCACUUCAUGCUGCAGUCAGGAGCUCGGGGCAGUCCAGCAUGAUUGUUCUUACCGUGCUGUUCCUUUGCAUCAUUUCCACAUAUUCAGCCUCUGUUAAAGGGCACACUACUGGACCAAGCUUAAGUAAUGAUAGAUUAUAUAAAUUUGCUUACACUGCUGAAGUCUAUGUUGAUCGGGCUAAAGCAUCCCUGCAGAAAAGUGCAGGCUACCGGUUUUCUGCUGGUGUAGAUGUCAACAUCUUAUGGAGAAAUCCUGAAAAUGAUGAUGACCAGUUGAUCAAAGUUAUGAUAAGAAAUGUCCAAGUAGAAAAUGUGAAUGAACGUCCAUCUGAUAAAAACAUCUUCAAAGGAAAAAGCACAGAGAAAAUCAUCGGGAAAGAAUAUCUGGAAGCUCUACAGAGGCCCAUGGUGCUUGAGUUAGCCCGUGGAAAAGUCCAAAACUUCUACUCAUAUGAAAAUGAACCUGGUUUUACUCAAAAUCUUAAGAGAGGUCUGGCUAGCCUUUUCCAGCUACAGAUGCACUCUGGUAGUGUUCGUGAGGUGGACAUAUCUGGGCAAUGCAAUGUUACUUACCAAGUGCGGCAAAAUCAAGUGACUAAAAUAAAAGCUCUGGACUCCUGUGAAAUAGAAAAAACAGGGUUUACCAGCCACAACCAGAUUUUAGACGUCAGCACAAAAGCCACAUCUGCCACAAUUUAUGUGCUGGAAGACAGUUUCAUUAAAUCCAUUAAGGCAGAAGAGAAUUAUGUUUUCCUUCUGAAUUCCCGACGAAAAACAGGUGCCAAAAUAGUUUCAAAGCAGAGACUGGAACUGCAAUCAGCAGAAGCUGGCCCUGGACUGAUUGCUGGGAAGCAUGUUGCUGGUGUUAUCAAGACUUUGGACUCCAGUUACGUUUCCGUGCCACUAGUAGCAGAGACAGUCAAGUCUGAAUGCAAGAAGUGUCCUUCACUUUCGGAACACUGGAAAAGCAUCAAAGAACACAUGCAUCCUGAAAAACUUUCCAAAGCUGAAGCAGCAAGAAGUUUUCUAUCCUUCAUUCAGAACACCAGAAAAGCUACAAAAGAGGAGAUACUUCAGAUUAUUAAAACCGAAAAUAAAGAACUCCUUCCACAGAUAGUGGAUGCCAUAACCUCUGCUCAGACACCAGCAUCACUGGAAGCCAUACUAGAGUUUCUUGACUUUAAGGAUGCCAGCACUUCCAUCCUGCAGGAGCGAUUCCUAUAUGCCUGUGGAUUUGCUUCUCACCCCAGUGAAAUGCUCCUGAGAACUUUAACUUCAAAGCUCAAGGGUGAUAUUGCGAAUGAAGAAAUCAGAGAAACUCUUGUCAUUGUCAUGGGAGCACUCAUCCGAAAGCUGUGUGACAGAGAAGGCUGCAAGCUUCCGGCUGUUGUAGAAGCCAAGAAGUUGAUUCUCGGUAGGUUGGAAAAGCCUAAGAAAGAUGACAAUGUGAGGAUGUACCUGUUGGCACUGAAGAACGCACUCCUUCCUGAAGCAAUUCCACUGCUUCUGAAGUAUGCAGAGUCAGAAGAAGGGCACAUCAGCAAUGCUGCUGUUACCACCUUACAGAGAUACGAUCCUUCUUUUCUCACCAAUGAGGUGAGGAAAACAAUGAAUAGGAUAUACCACCAGAAUCGUAAAGUCCAUGAAAAGACAGUGCGAACCACUGCAGCUGCUAUCAUCUUGAACAGUAACCCAUCCUACAUGGAAGUGAAAAACAUCCUGCUCUCCAUAGGUGAACUGCCUCUGGAAAUGAACAAGUACAUGCUCUCCAUAAUCCAAGAUAUACUUCAGCUUGAAAAGCCUUCAAGCAAAACAGUUCGGAAAGUUCUGAAGGACAUGCGUACUCAUAAUUAUGAGCGCUUCUCCAAGCCAGGAUCUUCCUCUGCUUACUCUGGCUAUAUUACACGUGGUCCUGAUAUAUCAUCCACAUACAGCCUAGACAUCCUCUAUUCAGGCUCUGGCAUUUUAAGAAGAAGCAACUUGAACAUCCAUGCUUUUGACAGAAAUGCUCAACUUCAUGCUGGACAGGUGGUGAUUGAAGCUCAAGGUCUAGAGACUAUAAUAGCUGCAACUCCUGAUGAAGGCGAGGAAAACCUGGACUCUUUUGCUGGCAUGUCAGCCAUUUUGUUUGAUAUUCAACUCAGGCCAGUUACAUUUUUCCAAGGGUAUGGUGACUUAAUGUCUAAAAUGCUCUCAGCAACUGGAGAUCCCAUUAGCGUCGUGAAAGGACUUAUCCUCCUGACAGACUACUCACAGGAGUUCCAGCUGCAAUCCGGACCAAGAGCAAGUGCAGACUUCCAAGGGGGCCUGGCCAUUGACAUCUCAGGAGGGAUGGAGUUCAGCCUGUGGUACAGGGAGUCCAAAACCAAUGUCAAGAACCGGAUAGCUAUGUUUGUAGCUGGUAAUGUUGAGGUGGAUUCCUUCUUUCUAAAAACUGGUAUGGAAACUACUUUGGAAAUUGAAACAGCAUUAGACUUUAUCUCCACGGUGCAGUUUUCACAGUACCCCUUCUUAGUCUGUAUGCAGAUGGACAGAGUUGGCUCUCCUUUCAGGCAUUCCGUGACCAAGUAUGAAAGCCUACCCUCUGGCAGACGGUACACUGCAAGGAGAGGGAAAGCAGAGACGUUGGAAGGUUGUGAAUACCCUCUCCAUCAAGAAAACUCCAACAUGUGCAGGAAGGUUUUCAGCACUGCAUCUGAUUCCUCAGGCAGCUGGUUUUGAAACAGGCACCUUGAGCUUUUGGUGUUCUGAAUCCAUGGCUCACUCGAUGACUUAGCCUUGUAUGUACUAUACUAACUUGGAGCUUGAUCUUGCACUACCGCAGUAAUGGGAAAUUUGCCAUUGAUUUCAACAGGCCAGGAUCAGACUCCCAGUGUGUGCACAGUGUUUACAUAACCUAUAUUUAAGACUUUUGUAAAAAAAAAAAAAAAAAAAGAAAGAAAGAAAGAUAGGGCUAAUAAAGACUAAUUUGGUAAUUCUUUAUUUGUAUUUUUUGUGCCAAAAGCAAAGAUAAUUGCUCAUUUUUCUUUUUUUAGGGAGUACAGCAGAAGUCCAUGUUUUUGACAUGCAGUAAGAAAAAUCAUGAUGUAUAAAGACUGAUUAUUUGUGAAUAUAUUUGAAAAUAUUUGGGUGUUUUAGGCCUAUGACCAAUCCUUGUUGAUAUUGAAAUAGAGUUGACAUCCAGAUGGAACCAUGAAUUCCUGGUUACUCAGUACUACCUGUUUACAACAAAAUGGGUUUUAUUUUACAUGAUUU